AUGGACCAAUCCGCUACGACUGCCGCUUACGUAUCGGGAAUGCAAGAAUCGCUUUCCAUGCACGGCAACGAACUCGUAGAGCUCACCACCUACUUCAGCAUCGGGUACGCGCUCUUCAUCGUACCCGCGCAGCUGAUUCAGACUCGCGUCCGUCCUUCGUUGUUUCUACCAAUCUGUGAGAUGGUAUGGGGUACUUUGACACUAUGCAUGUACAAGGCGCCCAAUUCGAGGACCAUGUUCGCUCUUCGAUUUUUUCUGGGCGUUUUCGAAGCAACGAGUUGGCCGGGCAUCGUGAGCUUGAUCUUCAACUGGUACCAGCCUAGUGAACUUGCUACGCGGCUGGCAAUUUUCGGUGUUAGUGGAGUGGCAGGAAACAUGUUUCUUUCCGUCUUGCAGGCGGCAUUGUACAAGAAUCUCAAUGGGAUUGCGGGACUUGGAGGAUGGCAGUGGCUGUUCAUUGUGUCGGGAAUAAUGACUAUCUUCUGGGGUUUCCUGGGGCUGGUAGUGAUUCCGGAUAGUCCGGCGACAACAAGAGCAAUUUACUUGACAAAAAGAGAGCGGGAGAUUGCAAGGGAGCGCAUGAGUGAUGCGGGAAUCCUCACGUCGGAGUUCGUUGGGAAGCAGGUUGUGAUCAAGAAGCUGAGGUUGGUCGCCAAGUCGCCUGUCACGUAUCUUUUUUUCGCUGCAUAUUUGCAGUUUGCAUGGAGUCAGCGUGCGAAUUCGUAUCUCCUGCUUUACCUCAAAGGAUUAAAGAAGGGAGAUGGAUCGCCGUUGUACAGCACGUAUGUGGUCAACUUGAUCCCAUUGAUUGGGUACUCUAUCAGCAUUGUUUGCAACAUUGGACUCAAUGCGCUUUCGGACUGGAAGAAGUGGAGGUGGCAGAUCUCUUGUGCGACUGCAGCACUUCAGAUCCUUUCCACUGGCGUGCUUGCGGGGUGGCCCAACGGCAGAGGGGUCAUUAUGACUUUUUACUUCUUGACCUUUGCCACAGCAGCGUGGGGAUAUGCGCUAUUGGCAUGGCUGGGCGAGAUAUUGCGGAAAGAACCUGAAGCAAGAGCUGUGGUUGUUGGGAUGACAGUGACAUUGGUCUAUGUGGGGCAUGCUACAAUUCCUUUGCGGGUAUGGCGUACGAAAGACUCGCCCAGAUAUCCGAUUGGAUUUCCUCUGGCGGCCGCUUUUGCAGCAGGGAGUAUCUUGGCAAUGAUUGUGAUAAAAUGGUAUGUUGAAAAGAAUCCUGAGAUUUUGGAAAAGGGAUUGGAUUGGCGAGAAGAGAUUGGCAGCGAGCUGAUUGAAAGGACUGAAGUAGCUAAAACAGAUUCAUUCCACUAG